AUGAGAAAGUAUCCAUCAGUAGGGAGCUUAACACGUCGCACCGCUCAUGAUUAUGAAGUGCCUGGAACUAAGUUUGUCCUGAAGAGAAAUCUAAAUGUUGUUAUACCCACCUACGCAAUCCAGAAUGAUCCGGAAAUAUUUCCAGAUCCAGACAAAUUCGAUCCAGAACGAUUUUCAGUGGAGAAUUCCAAAAAUCGUCACAGUGCUGCAUUUUUGGCAUUUGGAGAUGGUCCUAGGAAUUGCGUAGGCCUUCGUUUUGGUAUGAUGCAGGUUCGGGUUGGCUUGGCGACUGUUCUGAGGAGUUUUCGCAUUGAAACUUGCUCACGGACACCCGAUCCAGUCAUUCUUCGCAAGGAUAGUUUUACGUUAUCCCCUCAAGGAGGUAUGUGGUUGACUUUCAAGAGUGUUUCCAAAUGAAUAAACACAUGAUGAGGAAAAGUUUUUCUAGAAAGGAACUUCCGUGAGAAAAUUACUCACAUACCUCGCUCAAAGUUUAAUAAUUUAGUUUUGUGGUGAUGAAUGAAUUUGAAAAUAAAAUGAAAUGUCUUGCAUUUCUUCCUCUUCAUUCAUUGCAUAAAUCGGACAUUAACAUUAUGCUCUUUCAUCCGCUUUGCUGUACUAAUUGUUUUGCCUGGAAAAGUCUUUUAGAAAUGAUAAUACAAUUAAACAGGAAAAUCAAUAUCCAUUGUUGAGUAAUUCACAGUAAAUUGCGAGAGGUGAGUAAUUUGCAUAUUGCUUAUGCAAUAUAAUAAUUUGACUAUCCAUUAACAAUUUUCACUUCCCUUUCGGGUUAGGAUAAAUUUGAUACAUUAAUCUGCACCUUAUGCAAGUUGUUAUAUUUUUAAUAGACAGAAUUCACCUGAUGUCCGAAUUUAAAUAAUUAGUGCAAUUUUCACUAAAGUUCUUUACAGCUGUUUUAUUUGACUACAGUUUCAUAUAAGAAAAAUUAUAAACUUGUAUAAGUAAAAAACAAUUAAAAAAUAUGCCUUUUUAUUUUAAUAUUUAAUAAAAUAGUACUAAUAAUAAUGUUAGCAGUAAAAUA